UUUAAAGGUUUUGGAUCCAGCGUGGAAUCUAGUUCUGGCAUAGAUGGCUCCUACAGAAUUUAUGGCUGCCCUCUUACUCCAGUCAAUCACAUCUCCUUGUGGUGAUUUAUUGGCUUUAGGCUCCGGCGAUGUUGAUGUCGGUGUCUUCCCCGGUGACGUUGUCUGACUCUUCUCCGAGUUAGCCCAAGUUUCUUCUGAUCUUCGCUUCAGGCUAUUUUGAUUAAUUUUGUGCUUUUAUUUCUAAGCAUGAAAUUGUCUCUCGCAUAGAAAAAUCUUUUCUUUCUUUUUAUGGCUCGUUGGGUGUUUUUCCUCAUGGUUUUGCUUUUGGUUUCAGUGGAGUGACUUCUCCAUUGUGAAAAUCCGGCAGUUAAAAUAUCAUCUUAUUUCAAUCUGUUCCGGUGGAUUGAUGGAAAACUGCUCUAACGACAACUUUCAAGUAAUAAUAAAAAGAAUCAUGACAACAAUGAAGAAGCCACACAUUCUCGUGGUACCGUUUCCACAGUCCGGCCACAUGCUUCCACAUCUCGACCUCACUCAUCAGCUUCUCCUCCGUGGAGCAACCGUCACAGUCCUCGUCACACCUCAAACCGACCCUUAUCUCGACCCCCUCCGUUCUCUUCAUUCUCCGGAACAUUUCAAAACACUAGUCCUUCCUUUUCCUUCUCACCCUUCCAUCCCUUCAGGCGUCGAAACACUCCAGCAACUUCCUCUAGAAGCUUUGCCUCACAUGCUCGAAGCACUCUCCGGUCUCCACGACCCUCUCGUUGACUUCCUGAACCACCAGCCACCCUGGGCUCUUCCCGACGUUAUCCUGGGAGGCGCUUUCCUCAGCCCUUGGAUCAACAAAGCAGCUGAUGCUUUCUCUCUAAAGUCUAUUUAUUUCUUGCCCAUCAAUGCUCACAUGAUCUCCAUCUUGUGGGACGUAGAACAUAGAAGCUUUUUCGACGAGAUGGAGGCUGCCACGACCGCAAGCUACGGCCUCGUCGUCAACACUUUCUACGAACUCGAGUCCGAGAUGGUAGAGUUUGUCAGAACCAAAUACCUGACGCACCACCGCAUUUGGACGGUGGGACCGUUACUCGCCGUUAAAGCGGGAGCUGACCGCGGCGGGCAGAGCUCCCUCCCGGCGGAGAAAGUCUUGGCUUGGUUAGACGCGUGUAGCGAGGAUAACUCAGUUGUUUACAUAGCUUUCGGUAGCCAGAUCCGGCUCACGGAGGAGCAAACGGCGGCUCUAGCGGCGGCCUUGGAGGCAAGCGGCGUGCGUUUCAUAUGGGCCGUGAGGGACGCAGCCAAGAAAGUGAACUCUGGAGAUAACUCCGAGGAAGAUGUGAUGCCGGCGGGGUUUGAGGAGAGAGUUAAGGACAAAGGUUUGGUCAUAAGAGGAUGGGCCCCACAGACGAUGAUUCUUGGGCAUAGAGCCGUUGGAUCGUAUCUGACACAUUUGGGCUGGGGUUCGGCUCUAGAAGGGAUGGUCGGGGGAGUUGUUAUGCUUGCGUGGCCGAUGCAAGCGGACCAUUUCAGCAAUGCGGAGAUGCUCGUUGACGAACUAGGAGUUGCGGUGCGAGUGGGAGAGAACAAAGACUCGGUUCCGGACUCGGGAAAACUCGCUAGGGUUUUGGCGGAUUCGGUGAAAGAUGAUUUUCCGGUGAGGGCUAGGUUUAUGAAGCUCAGGGAGAAAGGUAUGGAGGCCAUUAAAGAAGGUGGGAGCUCGUACAACAACUUGGAUGACCUUGUUGCAGAGAUGUGUGUGUGAUAUUAAUGUAUUAUGUUACUUUCAAAAAAUAAUUGUUUACGAAAAAAUAAGCUUCACGGUUAAAAUAAUUUCGUGUUGUUGUUUUGUUUUCUGGGGUUAUUCAUUUUUAAUAAGUGUUUCCCUUAAGGAAAGAAUAAACAAAUGGGAUAAGAAACA